GACCUGUUUAUAUACCCGUGAACCGUGGUUUGUGCUUCAGUGAAUAGUCACGUGGUUCUGUGAAAUAAGCCAAUCAAAGUGAACGUUACGUACCACGUGAUCGGAAAAAUCGAAAUGGUGGACGUAUCGGGACGCAGGAUCCCGAGAGGAGACGAAGGACGAUAAACUGGGCAAGGGCCCAUCAUCCGUGUCAUCGGUAUUAUCAAUCCAAGAACACGAUUAUUCACGAAUAUUAGUGUAAUUUUCAGCAGAACCGGCGACAACUGAACUAACGCAGGAGUAUCGGUGACAGUAGACCUUGUUUACUGAAGUGUCAAUCCGCCCGUAUUGUACGUGUGUUCUCUAGGUGCGAGAAAACAGAAAAACAGUGUACGUCGAGUGCGCGAGAGCCACAGCUGUAUCAUAUCGUUCUCGCGAUAGUACGUUUCUGUAACGGUUUAUAAGGAAAGGGGAUAUAUUUUAAAUAAACGAACAAAAAACGAAGGAAAUUCGAAAUCGUGAAAACAGACGGCAAUGCGUUUACAGUGAAAUUUUCAGUCCGCGAUAGCAUGCCCAAGAAUGCGAAGGUUUUGAUGAUUUAUAAGAAUGUAAGAAUGUGUCACACCGAGCGUCUUGUUAUCAGCAAAGGAGAUAAGAUACUUCUUUAACGCACAAAAGUUUUAUAAUACGUACAAAUGCAAAUACAUCUGUAAUCUUUUGCAAUAAGUGUAUUAAAAUACUCAAAUGGCAUGAGGAUGUUUACAAAACAUUGAAAACCUUGGAUUAUUGUCUCAGUGGAGAUACUGAGUUACUGCCUGCCAACAAUAGCACACCUACACUCUUUGCAACUAUACAGUAAAUGUCAUGAUAAAAUAUAAUGGCUAUCAGAAAGGUUUUGCUGGACAUUCAUUGUUAAAUACAUGAUAUCUGAAUUAAACACAUCAUCCUAUAAAUUCAAAAUACUCUAAUUAUUGAAGAACAAAAUCAACAGGAUUCUAUAAAACUGACUGAAUAUAUAAAUUUAAAACAAAACAAAGAAACAAUAGAAUAAUUUUAAUGAAUCUGUUUUAUUAUACAAAAAGAAAGGGUAUAUUAAUUUAUGAUUACAAUACUUUGUGGUAUUCUGUACUAUUGAUGAAAUAAUAUGAUAAAAUUAAAUGCGACUUUCAAGAGAAGUUUGGAAACACUUUAAUUAUUUCUGUAUGUUAUGUACUGCAAUGAAAGAAAAAAUACAAACUUUUAUUUUGUUGAACCAAUUCAUGAUUAAGAUUUGACAUGAUAUAUAUGUAUAUAAAUAAAGUCUUUUAGUUUAUGAAUAUUGGGUAAUUUUGAGUGCAUUUGACAAAUUUAAAUUAAUGUAAAAAUUACCUGUAAAUAAAUUAGUGAAACUGUAACUGAUUAUUUUUAAACAAAAUGUAUAAAAAUUAUUUUAAACGUUUACAUCAGUGGUUGUACAUAAUUGAGAAACAAAAAGAAGAAGAAACAGUACAUUUGAAAUUUUGCCUGGAUGAUAGAGGACAAAUUUGUUAACCCUAUAUAAAACAAGGGUUAAAAAAUGGACAGUUGUAUCUCGGGGGUAGUGCAAGUAUUUGUGGGUGAAUGGAGCCCAGAAUAUGAAGCACUUUCAAUUAAAGCUACAAAACAAACUUCCUCAGCUGAAAUAGUGGAGUGUAUUAUAGAGAGACUUGGAUUAGUUGAUGCAUCUGUUUCAAAUGGUUAUGAGUUAGCAGAAGUAGUAGGAAACUCUGUUGGGCAAGAAUGUAAAGAAAGAAGACUUGGGCCAUGUGAGUGCCCUGUGGCACUUAUGUUAUUAUGGCCAAAAAAUGCAGCGCAACAAGAAUACUACAGGUUUUACUUGCGCAAAAAACAACCAGAUUAUUUGUGGUCAGAUAGUAGGUUUCCCAUGGAUCCACAACUCCUCAAGGACUAUUUUAAUAGAUUCCUAUAUCAACCACGAGAUAAGGAGUAUCCAGAUCUAUGUCAACUUCCAGAUCUUAAUGAACAAACUCUAUUGGACAACCUUCGGGCUAGGUUUUUAGCUGGAAACAUAUAUACAUAUGUUGGCAGCAUAUUAAUUGCCUUGAAUCCGUUUAAAUUUUACCCUAUUUACAACCCAAAAUAUGUAAAACUCUAUCAAAAUAGAAGGUUGGGGCCAGAUAUACCUCCACAUAUAUUUGCCAUAGCUGAUGCAGCUUAUCAUUGUAUGCUUAAAGAAAAAAGAAAUCAGUGCAUUGUUAUUAGUGGUGAGAGUGGCUCGGGUAAAACAGAGUCAACUAAUUUUCUACUGCAUCAUUUGACAGCACUUAGUCAGAAAGGUUCUCAUGGUAGUGGUGUUGAACAGACAAUACUCAGUGCUGGUCCAGUACUAGAAGCAUUUGGAAAUGCAAAAACUGCACAUAACAACAAUAGUAGCCGUUUUGGUAAAUUUAUCCAAGUGAAUUAUAAAGAAAAUGGAAUGGUCCAUGGGGCGGUCGUACAAAAAUAUCUUUUGGAAAAAUCAAGAAUAGUUUCUCAAGGAAGAAAUGAAAGAAAUUAUCAUGUAUUUUAUUAUCUUUUGGCUGGAGCAAGUGAACAAGAAAAGCAACUUUUGCAUUUAGAAAGUUGCGACCGUUACAAUUAUUUAAAUAAAAGUGGCUGUUAUGGACUAGAAAAUGUUGAUGAACGACACGAAUUUUCAAGGUUGAAACAGUCUAUGGAAAUGGUUGGAUUUACGCCAGAAAAGCAGAGACGAUUGUUUGCAGUUCUGUCAGCUGUUCUUUUACUCGGUAAUGUGGAGUUUCAGCCUAGAAAAUCUUAUCACCAUCACGACGAAGCUGUGGGAGUUAAGAAUCCUGAAGUGGUUGCAUUGAUAUCUGAACUUCUUCGAGUAAAACAAGAAACUCUUUUGGCUGCGCUUACUGCUAAACGUGCAAGAGCGUCUGGAGAAACAUUAGUUAUUAACUAUAGGCUUCCAGAAGCAAUUGCGGCACGAGAUGCUAUGGCUAAGUGUUUAUAUGGAGCUCUAUUUGAUUGGAUUGUGCUUCAGGUGAAUCAUGCUUUACUUUCAAAGAAAGAUACCCUCAGGGAUCAUCAAGGCAAUAGCAUAGGUGUAUUAGAUAUCUUUGGUUUCGAAGACUUUAAAAUGUGCAAUAGCUUCGAACAGUUAUGUAUAAAUUAUGCUAAUGAACAACUACAACAUUAUUUCAAUCAGCAUGUUUUCCAAUAUGAACAACGAGAGUACAGAAAACAGGGGAUUAGGUGGACAGACAUAGGCUACAGUGAUAAUUCAGGUUGUUUAAAUUUAAUAGAAGGGAAACCGAAUGGCCUCCUUUGUCUUUUAGAUGAUCAAUGCAACUUUCCGGGUGCAACGAAUGAGACACUGCUACAAAAAUUUAAUACAGUACAUAAAGACAAUCCAUUUUAUGAAGCACCACAACGACGCGAAGCAGCCUUUGUUGUACGUCAUUAUGCAGGAUCUGUUAAGUACCAAGCUGCUAAUAUGAGAGAAAAAAAUCUGGAUUUAAUGCGACCCGAUGGUGUUGUUGGUGUAUUGAAGAAUUCUUCCCUUGCUUUUGUUCGAGAAUUAGUGGGUGCAGAUCCGGUUGCGGUAUUUAGAUGGGCAAUACUUCGAGCAUUUUUUCGCGCUCAUUUUGCUUUCCAAGAAGCUGGUCGAGCUCAUAGGCAUGGUCGAGCUGAUGGUACAAAAACAUCUAUACAAAACAGGUAUAGGACACCGAACGAGAAUUUAAUAAGUUUGCACAAACAUAAUCGUCCACCAAGCUAUCAGAAGCAGCGCAGUGUCUGCAUACCAUCAACUAUACCCAUUACCACAUUAUCUUCUAUACAACUCGAAAACAACGACAAUGUAAACAACAACCGAUUGUCGUGGCCACAAUCUCGAAACAUUAAUCAAACGCAACACCCAACAAAUGUAACCACGAUGAAGGGUUAUUUAAUAAGGGGCAGGGAAGACCAGCCUCAUAGUAAUAAUAAACUCAGACGGGAUACUCAUAACCCGCUAGAGAGGGUGCUUCCAAAAGACGAAGCAAACGUCAUGGAACGCGCUAAUCAAAUAGUCAUGAAAAAUAAAUCAUUUCGACCAAGAGAACGGGGUAAGAAGGGUCUAAAAAAUCUACAAACUGUAAAAACACUUGCUGGAAGAACGCAAAGUUAUGGCUCAGGACCUGGAAAAGCAAGAAAGCAGCCUAUGACAGUAUCUGCACAAUUUCAACAAAGUCUGCAUAGUCUUAUGGAUACAUUAAACCAAGCAAACCCUUUCUUCAUUAGAUGCAUUAAAAGCAAUGCCAACAAGGUACCAAACGAGUUCGAUGAAGAAACAGUGCAACGACAGUUAAGAUAUACAGGAAUGUUAGAAACAGUCAGAAUAAGACAAGCUGGAUUUAACGUUAGAUUAACAUAUGAAGAAUUUAUUCAAUUGUAUAGAAUGUUACUACCUAAGGGUUUAUUAAGUUCUCAAUCUGACGUUAGAGAUUUUCUAUCGACACUGAAUUUAAAUAGAGAUAAUUAUCAACUUGGAACAACUAAAGUGUUUCUUAGAGAAUCAGAAAAAAUUAAACUAGACAUUGAAUUACACCAACAAAUCAUUACAAGCAUUACAACUAUACAAAAAUGGUUCCGUGCGUGUUUAGAAAGAAGGAAAUUCCUUAGAUUGAAAAAUGCAGUUGUGCAAAUACAGUCAUUUUGGAGAAUGGUCAUUGCCCAAAGAUUUGCACAUUCUUUACGCACUAGAAUCGAGGCUGUCACUCACAUCCAAUCUGCUUGGAGGGCAUAUAAACAGCAUAGUUGGUUUAAGAAACUUAAGUCUUGUGUAAUUAUGUUUCAAGCUCAUGUUCGCGGUAAUAGAGCGAGGAAGACUUUUGCAGAAUUAAAAAAACAGAAAAAAUUGCUUGUUGAUAAAAUCGGAGAGUAUAAAGAAACUCAAAAUCAAGGAGAGCUUGUAUAUGAUAACAGUAAGAUAUAUCCUAGGCUCAGGAAUAGCGAAGAGUCACUCACAGAUCAGGGCUUGUUGGAAUUUAAUACCAUUCGUAAAACGGAGUCUCAGAAUCGUCUUACGUCAGCAAGAAUGGAUAAUGUACUUCGAGAUAGUACAGUUGAUACGAGUAUGUCAUAUUCAAAGCGUAAAAUUAUACCAAAUACAAGAAUAUUGCAAGAAUCUAGCUCGAUCUUAAGAAACGCGGAUUCUUUUCCUUCGGAUGAAUUUAAUGAGCGUAAAAGCAGCUUGGAAAGUUUGACUAGUUUAAGAAGCUAUGAAUCUCAAGUGAGCAACAGUUCUGAAUCUCAAGACAAUUCUUAUGGCAAACCGGUACCGAGCACUAGAACGAAACGCUGUGAUCAAUCUCCAGUAGUUGUCGCAAAUACAAACUUAGUAAAUGCUUCGAGCAGAUUGUCGUCUGUUAAUAAACGAGCAGACAGUUCAUCGACAGGAUAUAGCGAUGGGGAAACUGAUACAGAAAUUCCGAGUACAGUACAAAGUGCUCCGCCUGUUUUUAACACAACUCCAUCAUUUCCAAGUCCACGAGAAGUUACAUACCAUCAAUCUAACAUGAGUCUAACGCAUAGUCCAAAUUCAGAUGUCUGGCGUCGCCGAGCAGAUUUUUCUUUGUCCAUUAAUUAUAGUGAUUAUUUACUGUCUGGUCCUCAAAAAUCAACCUUGACGCGUUCUCCAAACGUUUCUCAAUAUAAAAGUAUAGCGGAUAACAUGUUCGAGCAAGUGCAACAAGACAAACCAAACGAAGCAUCGAAUUAUAAUGUGAAAUUGGAUAGUGACCGUUUUAUUCAUAUGGAUAGUUCAUCAGCUAGAGAACAACGUCGAUUAAGUGAUAAUAGUGUACCGAGCGAGCGGAUUGAAAGCGUCCCAGUUUCACCUAUCAGACGUGAUCAUGGUUAUGGCCACAGUAAAGAAAUGAAAGAUUUUAGUUACUUGAGAAGGCAAAACUCGGAAGGAGAUACAUCUAUGAAAUUAGAUGCUAUGAAUGAUGAAAAUGCUUUAAAAAGUCCCUUGUUGAAAGGAACUUCCCCCAAGGAGAAAAAUUCGAAACCAAAGGAAAAAUGCGAACCCGACGUGCCUGUCAGAAGUGCCAGAAGAAAUCGUCCCACUCGGGAAGUCCAGUGCCGAUCUAUGGGCGAGAGCGUAUCAGAAACCAACAGUGGAGAAACCAAAAGUAUAUUUCUGUGUACGAUCAAAGAGAGUGACCUACAUAAAGCAACAACUAUAAGGCCUCGGAAAGAUAGUUCGCAUGAUACACCAUCCAGAUCGAUAACAGAUUGGCCUGUAAACAAAAAUGAAGUUGCAUCGAAGACGCAACAACCUGGAAAGCGCAUGAGAUCCAACGCUAUAACAACACUAGAGCUGAGGAGAAGAAAUUCGGACCCAGCGACUAAAAUAUCAGGACUUAGCGAAGACAAACCUGGAACUGAUACAAGUCCCAAUGACCUAAAACUCGCACCUGGAAUGAAUCUAUUAGAAUGGAAAGGUAAUCUUUUCACGUUAGCCGGUCAUUGUUUUAGGAAAGUAGCAAGGUUUGCCAAAGACGACGUGUGCGUAUGUUGCCACGAAAAAAUGGAUGCGUUCGUAACACAGGGGUACAAAUGUAUUGACUGUAAACAAUUAUACCAUGUCAAAUGUAUUCAGAAUGGCGGAGUACUUAAAAUGCCGUGUAUAUUAGCGAACACUCCAGGUAGGCGAAAACACAGGAAACCACCACGAACGCCUUACGAUGCCUCGAAACAAGUAGUGGUAUCGAAAUUCAGCUUAACCGGUACAUCCGCGUUCUCUGACAGUACCGAUAAGAUUAUAUCCGACGCGAAAGAGUUAGCUCUCAUGCAAGAUUUUAUCACGAAGAAGAUAUACGUAAUGGAAGGACAAGAGGGAGGCAAGAAACCAAGCGAAGUCGAUCGUGUAUUUAAGCAGGCUUUGCGUAAAUUUAAAGACGACCUAGUGAUCACUUACAGCGUUGCUAUUCAGCAAGGUGUGGAAGGCAACAUCAAAUACACUGACUUAAUUGCGAACUUUUUGCACGUAAUAGAAACAGUCUGCAAACAAGAAAAUACCAGUGAAGAUUUUCCCGUGACGAUGGGAGUAAAUGCAUUUAGAGGAUUCAUGAAUGAAUUUAUGACGCUAGUCAAAACAGAAGCACUGGAGAAACAGAGUAAAAGCAAGCGUAAGAAGGAAAAGAAACGAAAACAUGAAGAACCAAUACGUCAUGGUAAUCAUAUGUUCCAGUUAACUAUUAUAAACAUCCCUACAGCUUGUGAAGUGUGUACGUCUUUCUUUAUGUGGCCUAUCGAGCGAGGACUUGUUUGUCAGAAUUGUAAGUUGACGUGCCACAAAAAGUGUUAUAUAAAAGCAUCAGCAGAAUGUGGAAAGGAAGCGUCGCACGAAAUGAACUCACGGAAAAUAUUCGGUGUACCGUUGUAUAAAUUGGACUGUGGUGACGGUAAAGUACCAAUAGUGGUAGAUCGGUUAAUUACAACCAUAGAGAUGCAUGGUUUGUAUACGGAAGGUAUAUAUCGAAAGAGCGGUGUCAGUUCCAAAGUGAAGGAAUUAAAAGUGAAAAUGGACGAAGCUGAUCUAGAGAAAGUGGACUUUGAGAAUUAUCAAGUACACGUGCUUGCAGCAGUAUUGAAAAGUUUCUUUCGAGAUAUGCCAGAGCCUCUCCUCACCUUCGAGUAUUACGAUGAUUUUCUGCACGCUGCGAACUUAACGGAUCCUCGUGAUCGAAUUAGUACGCUAUUUGCAAUUUUGAAGAAGCUACCGAAGCCAAACUUCGAUUUGAUGGAACGACUGAUCGUUCAUCUAGCUAGAGUAGCGCUUCAUGAAGUCGACAAUCGAAUGUCUCCGUCAGCUCUAGCAAUAGUCUUCGCGCCGUGCAUUCUGAGGACGAAUAGGACGUUGCCCGCGCAAGAUUCUUUACAAGAUGUUGGCAGGCAAACUUGUUGCGUCGAAACGAUCGUACAAGAAAAACUGAGGGUCGUACGAGCAACUUUAGCCGACAUAAAUACACUCGAAUCCGCUUGUCACACGGCGACUUAUCGUUUAUCCAGUUUACGAUCUUCGAAAAUCUUCAGCCCAGAGGAAUUAAGUGCGGCGACCCCAAGUGUGACUGUCAGAUGUGUUACUACAGAUCGUGAGAGAGAUCGAGGCGAUGAAGAGGAGGCGCUUCUCGUCGAUCAUAUACAAGAAAUCCAAAAGGAAAAGGCCCUACUAACUUCAACUCUUCCCAGCCUAACGAGAGCUUCUUCAGACGACGACCUACUUCUAUCUGCCACAGACUUGGACGAUGGAUCUCUUGACGAUCUUCUUCCAUCUUCUGCCGACGGACUCGUAAGAAAAAGACCUAUCCAGAGGCAAAGUUCCGCAGACAAUGCAUUUCCCACGAUCAUCAGUGUUGACGAAGACAUGGUAAUGGUAUGACCAUCCACGAUAAACGUUACCACGAAGAAUGAUGAUCGUCAAGUGUAGCAACAUGACACACGCUGUGAAGCGUUGACUGACGGCAGCGAAUCGACGAGUCUUACUUCUGGUCUCAUCGGCAAGCCGCUAGUAAUUUAAAUAAGUAGUAAACACGAUAUUAGGUAGGUCUAGUAAUUUGUUCCACACGAAGUUCAGCUGAUAAUUCGAUCAAACAUUAUAUAUAUAUAUAUAUGUAUAUACUUUAUAUAUAUGUGUAUAUAUAUAUAUAUUAUUUUUUCCACUCUGUCGCAAAGCUUUCGGGGGUUUUUAAAGAAUGUUUAACAAAUUACGCGAAUAUAUAGCUUCACGUGAAAUGUAUUAAAUAUUCAUUUUAUAAACUAUUUUUCUCCUGAAAUGCAUUCCUUUUAUCGAAGACUGUGUCAAUCAGGCUAGAUAUCUUGAAAGCUCCAUCGAAACAGAACAUUUACAUUUUGUAGGUAUUCUAUAAUAUCUCUUCAUUUUGAUACAUCAUGUUUCAUUUCUCUGUACCAUCGACAUGAAGAGUUAUGAUAGUUAUCUUGUCAAGAAAAACUGAAAACUAGACAAGGAUUAUCAGUUGUUACAAAUGUUUAGUCGCAUUUAAAUUCUCCUUUUGCUUCAAGUUUUUUAUCGGUUCGUUUGAAAACAAUUUAUCCUUGUUCUUCGCUCUUCUUACAGAUUUUAUAGACUGUUGCGUGAAUCAACACGAUAAUAACUACUUUUUUUUUUUUUUAAUAGAAAAGGCGCAAGUUUAUGCCGAGUUUUUUGACAACCGCAGGUUUAGAAACGAAGGUAUUCGUAUUGUUUCGUUAGCAGAAUAAUGGAAAAAGAACGAUGGAAAAGACGGUGUAUAAAACAAUAUCAUUGAUCGAUGGCUUGAAAAGAAGUGAUAACGGGUCACCUCGUCAGAUUUUGUUUUUGCCAGACAUAUUCCGUUAACUUUGUUUUUUUACAUAGAAUACUCGCGCACGCGAUGCAAUAGAUAGUUAUCGAAUCGCUGCUUCAAGCAAGUGAUUCGAAUCACGCGGAAAGAGGGAAAGAGGAAACCAAAUUGUAGCUUGUACAUAUAUUAUUAGGUUAUCCGAGAAGUUCGUGCCAAUUUUUAUACCGUUGUUCCGAUCAAUAUUUUAAUCUAAUAUCUUUGGACGCUAUGAAAAGCGUAAUCAACCAAUUUCUUCUACAGCUUUUUUUGUUUUUCCUUUAUUUCCUCCUCCUUUUUUUCUUUCUGGCAGAAACAUAUUAAACAUUAAUAAUCUUUUCUAAUCUUCCAUUAAAAUCUCUCUUGAUAUUACUUUGCGAUAUAUUCGCGAUAUUAUUAAAUAAAUUUGUUUACUCGUUAAAAAGUAUUUUUCAUAGAGUGCAAUUCGAAUUUUUCUCGCCAGAAUAGCGAUUCGUUUUGGAUAAUGCCUAAACAUACCCGUACAAGUAGAACCAUUUUAGGUAAAUAUAAUGCGGCGUAAACUUCUCGAGUCACCCGAUAUAUACGAUAAUGAGUAUCUCGUAAUAAUCUGUUAUUAUUGUUAUCUUUACGAGAGUCGUUACCAAGAUUAUUUCUAUUGUCGAUAUAUGCCGUGUAGAGUUUAUACACGCCUAUAUACCGUUGAUAAAAUACAAAAAACGCAAACACACACACGGCCUGCCAAUUAUGUACUUUCGUAUCAGUUUUUACCUAGGCUACCUUUUUCAUACAGGGAGACUCCUUUAUAUACAUAAACGCGUUUGAGCGAAUACGUACUAAUGUAUAGAUAUUACAUAGAUACACGGAUUACACAUAUACGUAGAAAACAUUUGUAUACAGGAAUACUUAUGUAUAUACAAAGACUUUUUUUGUAUGCACCGGACUGAGCAGACGGUUUUUUUUACUUGAGAUUUAUUACGAUUUCGUUUUAGUUUCCCUGUGGUCCAGUGCCUUUUUUCUUUUAUUUUUUUCUCUCUUCUCUCUUUUUUUUUUUUUUUUUUUUAAGUUUCCGCUUUCUUUAUGCUCAUCUCCCCCCCUUUUUUUAAUACACCGCUAUAGCGUACAGUUGGUCUGUUUUUCUGUCGUGCGUCCUCGUGUCAGACUCGAAUAUCCAACAAUCGAAAGAGUCGUGAAGUUAUUCGAGCGAGACGUUGGAACAAAAUAUUUCGAGGUCGUGUUUCGCGAAAAGUAAAAACAAAAACAGGAAGAAAGAAACAUUAUUUUUAUUCCAACAUCUCUAAUUUAUCUAGCUUUUUUUAUUUUGCAUUUAAUUGAAAAUUCCAUCGUGCUAUUUUAAUUUUAAUUCGACGACAAAGCGUAUCGAUUUCCCACCAAUUUCAUAUUUCAGUUAUACUUGUAUUCAUCGAAUUACCAAAGUCAUACCCCCCUUCCCCUCCCUCCCUCCCUCCCUCCAUCUCUCUGUUUCGGGAAAUUAAGAAUAUUUUAGAAUAAGAUGCACUCGAUUACUUUACUUUUUAUUACUUUUUUUUUAAAAAAUCGAAAUUCCUUUCUUUUUUCACCUAUACCCCACGAUUUUAUCGAUAUUUCGUUAGCUCGCUGUAAAUCUCGUCGAACGAUCGGCCACGACAGAGAAAGGAUCUUGCUCGCGGGAAAGAAGUGGGGAAAUAUUUAUGCGGUAUACAUACAUGUUCCAAGUUGUAGAAAUAUGUUUUAGGAACGCGUUAUGGAGCGAUUUGAACGGUCGAAUCGAAUUAUUUCGCGUUGAAUUACAUCGGAUCGCGCGUGACUUUUAUCCAAGUAACUGUUAGCAUUAAAACCGGGAAAUUCGGAAAAGGGCACGCGACUUCUUUUCUUUCCAAAACGUUGCAAUUUCUUCUUAUCUUUUUUCCUCUUUUUCUUGUUCUUCUUCUUCUUUUCUUUCAUCGACUCGCGAAAUCUACGUAAUUCGUGUCACGUUCGUUUUAGAAUGAUCGAUUAGCGACUUCAACUCUUUUAAAUGUCCAUGUUCAUGUUUCGCGCGUCGUUCUUUUUUAACGCUCAAGCCGAACGAGCGUGAGAUCUUUCGUUUUACGGUUGAUCGAUUUUUACACUGAUUAGGAUAGGAUCGUUGUGACGUACGUUUUGUUCUACUACGCAGAUUGCAGUAGUAGCCUGUCUUUUAACGUUGAAAUGUUAUUGCAUUUUCUCGAGUUCGUGACAUCUGUGACGUUGGCCAUUCGAACGAAUUCUAUUCGAUCGGUCUCUUCCUCGAUGUCGAAACAAUUCUUCGUUCGACGCGCCUUGUGUUCUUUAAUCAUCGUGAAAGUAUCGUGCAAGAGUAUACGGAUUUGUAUGCACGAGCGCGUACAUUAUCGAUCGAUAAACAUACGCGUUAUUAUGCAAAAGGUUCCUUUAUCUUAAUCAGUAUUAUUCACCCUUUUACCUACGAUACGCCUCACGUACACAGCGAAACUCGUUCUUUUCCGUCCCAUGGGGUUCCUCUCAAAUAUCGAUUCAGGGUUUCCUAGCAAUCUUGUACUUGAUACCAGCACAAUUUUCUUCAAUUAUUUCUUAAAUGAUACUUGUUAAAGCUUUAGAAUGUUAGCGGCUUAAUAGUUCGUAAUCAAUUUCACAGUAAAUAUCAAUUAAAUGGGACGGAGAAUUCGCGAAGUAAUUACCAAAUCGUAUAAUUUUGUCAAUUUUUUCACCACCUCAACUGCCGUAUUUUAUUUCUUUGCGAUUGUGAAACGUUUCGAAUACGAUCAAACGUUUUCUCCGGUAUUUCCUUUUUAUCGAUAAUGUACGUGUUCACGAUAAGAACACACGUUGGUUAACGUUAAACGUUCUUUAUGCUGAAAACGUUACUGUUAAUUUCAGUGUGUAAAGUGUGUUGUAAAGGUUUUGGACAAGUCCGUUUGUUGUUCGAUCGUGCGUUCUCGAAGCAAAAAGUUGACUAAAAGAAAAAGAAAGUAGGUUGAUUUUCGUUUCGGCUAGUGUAUUGUCUCUUUUAUCGAGAUCGGUUGUUGAAUCGUCGGCUCUUUCGCCCGUAAGGAACAUUUUCUGUUUUUCAUCUUUUCGAGAAAUUUAUCAUUAGUAAGGCCAGCCAUGGUUUGAUCUAGAGCUUGUAAAUCGUGUUAGUGAUUUCACCGUGGCGCAGCUGGGUAGUCCUUUUAACCGCGUAACGAGUAACAACUAAUCGUUAUAAAAAAAAAGUAUCUGUAAAUGAUUGAUCUACGCAAACGCAUUACGCUUCUACCGUGCAAAAAAAAGAAAAAAAAAAAAAAGAAAGAUGUUUCGUACUAGCAUCAAGCGCACAAAACGUAUCAUCUAUCUCGAUCGUGAAGGGAGGAAAGCGAACGAGAACGAAAAAGAACCGACAUAUGGAUCGCGACACCGGCAAUUUUCUCCACGACCCUCCGUUUCGAGAUGGAGCGAAAAUUUCACGUAUUCGAAAUCCGUCUAGCGUCGAAUAAUCGAUGAAAAUUGCUUUCUCCAAGGAAUCAGCGUUAUCGAUGCAAUAACGUUUAAUAAAUCGUGUCCGAUUCACAAUCGAGUUGUCGAUUAUAGAAGGAAACGCGAUCGGUCGCGUCGAAGAGCGAAUAAGAUCGAUUCGUAUAAGAUUUUCACUCUGCCGUGCGUUGGACCGCCCUGCGUUGGGCCACCCUGCGUUGUAAAUAGGCGAUAAGAUAGCGCGAGUAAACGGAACUCUUCAUGACAAUAUCGCCCCUAAAAGUCCUAAUUAGCUUCAUCGCGUGCGGCUACGCCGACGACGAUUCUCAUCAUACUCCAUUCUAUAUUUUUGUCUUCGAGAUCUUGAUUCACCACGUUUCACGGAUCAUACUCGCUCGAGUUGGUCCAACGAUUAAAGCACGAUCACCAGAAUCUAAACUCGCAUCGACUUUACUCCUCCAUCUCCUCUAAAGAAAUAAAGGCUCGAUCGAACACGAUGCUAAGUAAAACGAUGAAUUGAGAUCGCUUAAAUAACUACGGAGACAACAGGAGAAAGUAUCGUUCUAGUUUUUGGCCCAAUUCUACGAAAUACGCUUAUUACAAUUACAAAUGCGACAGCAAUUCGACUCUGUCUUCGAGGAAACUUGUAUUUUAUCGUUCACCCGUACCGAUCUUGACGGCGAUCGUUCGCGAACCAUUCGUCGAACGAUCGUCGCCAACGUGAGGGCGUACUUUCGCGUCAAGUACCUGCAGUAUACACGCGGUCGGUUUUUUCGUUUUACGAGCAUCGUGCGUGAGAAUAAAAAAUGAACGAAAUACAGCGAGAAGGACGCCGUGGAAGGUGGUCGAGGAGAGUCGACGAGGGUUGUCGAAACUGCGAAAUUCGAGGUGUCUGGUAUCGAUCGAGGGCUGAGGGGGAACGAAGGAAUGGAAUCAUCCAAUGUUCAACGAUUAUACACCGAAACGUCUGGAUAUUGAAAGGCUCUUCCCAUUUGUGUCUUGGCGUAAAAUCUAAGAUCACGAUCGCGCGAUCGGAGUAUCCAAUUUUGUCGUGCUUUUUCUCUCUCUCUCUCUCUCUUCCUCCCUGUUAUCUCCAUUUAUGUUAAGAGGAAGUUAGUCGAUCGUUCGAUGUAUCGAAUUCUGAUCUUUCGUUUUAGCAGAUCGUUGCUUAGAUAGAAGAAAGAUGUGUUAGCGUUGGAUGCGCCGGUUCGUAGUUCCCUUCUACGAAGGAAGAUGUUUGUGCGACGUACUUGGAUACUCCGUUCAUUGUAUUUAUACAUAUAUAUACAUAUAUUAUAUGUAUGUGUGUGUGUAUAUAUAUGUAUAAUAUACAUACCUGUUAUUUUUCUUCGAACAAAAUAGUGAGCGUGUACGUGUGAUAAACGUAGAAUGAGUUAGAGAGAACAGGCAUGAUGGUGUGUCGCAGACGAAGGACGAUAUACAUAUACAUAUAUAAAUAUAUGAUUAUAUAUAUAUAUAUAAAUAUAUACAUACGUAGAAAUACGUAUGCAGAAAUUGUGUAGGUGUGCGUAAAAAAGAAUUUCGAUAAGCGGCUCGUUCCUACGUCGCUUGGUUCGAACAUCGCGAGUCGAUACAUCGCCACGUGCAUGUGCCGGUGCGAGAUCGCGCGUUUUCCAAAAACGCUUGGGAAACCGAAUAAGAUUCGCGUAUAUACACAUACACACAUAUAUAUACAUAUAUAUAUAUCUAUGUAUAUUUGUAUAAAAAUAACAAUAGGCACGUGAAGGAUCGAAGAGAACGGAGAAAUUUACGGCGAUCGGCAUAGCUUCAAUUCUUUUUCUCUUCGUUCACGUAGGUCACGAGGUCCGUUGAAAAUCUCCGUUCUUUUCCAUCGGAACGGAACGAUUUUCUUAGCGAUUUCACGAUCCUGCCACGCUCACCUUUCUCUUUCCACUCGCUCUCAUUCAGCGCGUACUUCUCUCAGUCCUUUCGAUUCCCUUUAUCCUCCUGUACAUCCAUCCAGCAUGGCCAAAAAAUGCGGCCACCGUCGCGAUUUUCCAUAGGUAGCGUAUCGUAUCGUAGCGCUGCGUUCAGACCUUCUUUCGCACGUUCAUCCUUCCGCUAUCUGUUUGUAUCGUUGCCUGGCUGCGUGUGUUGCAAGGGUGCGAUGUGUCGCGUUUACUAAACGCGCGUGUGUGCGUGGGUGGGUGUCGAAGAUAAGGUCGAAUUGAGUUUACAGAAUCACGCAAGAAUUCCAGGGAAACGAUCAGUCGGUACUGUCAGAGAGACGAAUACGCGAAGAGCGGAAAUCCGCCACGAGGGAAGCCACUCGACCUUAAGGACGGAUAACGCGUAUCGCAGAACUCUCUGUUACGACUGUGGCACCACGAAUCGGAAUACGCGUCUUGCAGGCGUUUCUUCUCGCAACUCGAACUUCCCUCGAUGUAACUCGUAACGGGUCUCUCUAUGGCGCAAGUUUCCGGUCCCGAAGCGAAAAACUUGCACCCAUAACGGUCGUUCCGGACACAUGGAACCCGGACGAUUGUACGACAGUUUCGAUAGAUUCAAUGGGAAGCUUCGAGCGUGUACCAAGAAGGAACGUUUCUCUGGCCGCGCGUGCGGAUAAUUGCGCGACGAUCCACGAAACAGCGCUCUCCUCUUUGAUCCCGCGAGUUUCCGGCUUUCCUUUCAUUGCGUCCAUCCGGUUCUUUUUACAGACCAUCGAAGAAAUCUCUAUCGAGAAGAUAGACCUUUUUUUUCCCUCUCGUUUACACUCGAUCGCGUGUUUUCGCGCCCUAAUCAGACGAGGGAUUAGCGAACGAAGCACCGUGAAACGAGCCAAAUAGCCGCCGCCGCUACGGGAACGAAGAACGCAACGAACGAUCGAAACACGGUGAUGCACGUAACGCGCGACACCUUGUUCCACCUUCUAUCGUCCCUCUUUUUCUUUCAUUCCAUCAAGCACAACCCAUAGAAGCUGACAAUAAACGCGAAAGAGAGUCCUGAGCGCGUCUCGUACACGCUUGAAAUACCAGUCUUUUUUCGCCGUUAACUCACGACGACGAUAGUACCACUCGUUCAGAGGGACAACGAACGUGUUUCUUUCGCUUUUUUCCUACCUUAUACCCGUGCCUUGGUUCUUUCUGUCUCUUUGUUCCGGUUGUCCCACGUAGUAUUCGCCGGGAACGCGAUAGAACGGUUAUGUUACGUGUCUGCCGAGUGGAUAGCACUUGUUCUUCUCUCUAUACGGUUCGGAUUUACUAGAAAACGUAAUUUUCCACGAGUUUCCUUUUUUCUUUUUUCUUCUUUUUUUUCUCUUCCGUUAAGUUGUCUUUCGUGAAACUAGAGGUAUCGGACGAUGUGUGAGCUUAGCUCUUUCUGGUUGUUUUUGGCCUGAAAAACCGAGAUAAGAAACAAAUUAAGAAUCAACGAUCAAAAUUCAAAUUUAACGUGGCGCGCGUUACAUGUAACUUGAUUCCCUAUUUUCAGACUCUUUUGUUUGUAAAUGAUUUUAAUACGAUUAUCCUCAUUGUGUUUCGAGAAAUCGCGGUACAAAUUGUGCAAAAUAUCUGUUUCCAAAUUUUGUCAUUUAGCAAACAACGAUAACACGAGGCAAAAUUUGAUCGAAGGGGAGUGAAAACGCGUGAACCAACGAGGGGAAGAGAUCGCGGGAGGACGCGAGGGAUGCACGUGUUUUGAUAUUACAAGGCAAGUUAGCUAUAACGUGCACGUAUCUGUACGUAAAUUUAGGAGGAAGGUUUGGCGAGUUGAUCCGCGAAUCUGUAAUAACGUCUACUUGGUAUGUGAGCUAGAGUAUUUCGCGUGUAGUGUGCAUGUGUGCGGGUGUACGUGUCGCCUGCCAUGCGUGUUGGUAUAUCAGUGCGUCCGUGAGACUGUGUGCGAGGUUACUCUCCGUGAUCGACUGUAAUUUUAUAUAAUAUUUGUAAGGCAAAAGAAAUAUUAUGUACAGUAUACCUGACAGUAAAUAAUAAGUAUCUACCUUAUACCUAA